UCACUGAGGCUCUUAUCGCCGCGGCUGACGUGUUUCACUGAUAGUCUGAAUCUGGCCUCGGUAUAAAAGCGCCGGCACCGACCCGCGGCCGGCGCUGGACCGUCAACAUGACCGGGCUUCUGUGGAGCUGCGCUGCGGUGGUGGCCCUGUUCAUCACAGUUGAGUCUCUUACCUGUUACACCUGUGAUGUGGAGGUCUUCGAUUCCUGCUUCAAAAAAACUGAAGUGAAUUGCUCGGAUCCUCAUGACAUAUGUUUUAAAGGAGUUGCCAAGAUCCAUGGUGACCUCUCGUCCAUCCACGCCCGGGGCUGCAUCCAACCCAGUGACUGCAGAAAUGACACCGUGCCGAUCCUGAACGUGAACUACACCAUCACCAGGCACUGCUGCAGCACCGACCUGUGCAACGGAGCCGCCUCCACCCAGCUGCCGCUGGCUACAGCUCUGUGUGGAGCUCUGGUCGCAGUGUGGAGCCAGUGGGGCCUUUGAAGAACAAAGUGGAGACGAUGCUGUGAUACACGAUGGAGGGACACUGUUGUCAAAUGUUGAAGAAUGUUAUAUAUUGUAAUGUCCAAUCUAUGUCAAUAAAUAUGUGAAUCUA